AUGGAGGCUUCUGCGUAUACCAAAUCCAGUCAGGAGCUUGUUCGGAAUGUCUCUAUCAUUGAUAUGGGGAGUACAGAGAAGAGAAACUCUCCACGAUCAUUGUGGCAAGCGAUCAAAAGGUCGGCUCGGAUCGUCGCAUACUGUCUGGCUUUGAGCUCCGCAAUUCUCAUGUACGGCUAUGACCUCGUCAUUGUCGGAACAGUGGUUGCAAUGCCACAGUUUCAGUUCGGUCAAAGGUUCAAUGAAAUGUACAUUAUUCCAUCAAUGUGGCUUUCUCUUUGGAGCGUAUCCAGCUGUUUCGGUUUGAUGUUUGGCUCAAUCAUCGGUGGCUAUUUCCAAGAGCGACAAGGGCGCCGUGUGGCGCUUGCGGUUGGCAGCUUUCUCUCCGCAAUUGCAGUCGCGAUAUGUUACAUCUCCGAUCUCCCGGACAGCAUUGAUGCUCGACGUGGGGUCUUCUUCGCUGGCAAAGUAUUCCAGGGGGCAUGUAUUGGAAUCCUUCUUUGUGUCGCACAAACAUACAUGUCGGAAGUGUUGCCAGUCGUUCUCCGUGGGCCGAUCAUUGCCUUCUAUCCUAUCUUCACUCUUCUCGGACAGCUUAUCGGUUCGGUUGUGUGCUAUACCUCGCUCAAGUACACAGGAGCCCAGUCAUAUCGAGUCUGUUUCGCGUCGCAAUGGCCGUUCUCUGCUGUUCCGUUCAUUUUAGCGGCAUUCCUACCCGAAAGUCCAACUUGGCUUUUGCGAAGAGAUAGACCCCAGGAAGCACUGAAAGCACAGAAAAGACUCGACAUUCCACAAGUCGACUCUCUCGCCGUUGUUGCGUCUUUACAGGCUUCAAUAAUAGCAGAAGAAGAAGAGAAAGGAAAUACAUAUAUCGAUUGUUUCCGAGGAGUGAACAGAAGAAGGACCUUUAUUGUCGCAGUUGCCCAUCUCAUUCCCCAAUUUUUUGGUUUGCAACUUUUGGCCACCAGCUCCUAUUUCAUUCAGAUUGUCGGAAUGAGCUCACAUAACAGCUUGAUGACCCUGAUGCUAGGUGUAGCACUCGGAUUGGUGGCGAAUAUCGCCAGCAUGUGGACGUUGAAUGCCUUUGGGCGGAGAUCAUUGACUCUUUCUACAUUGGGCAUCGUUAUGGUCCUUUGGCUAGGCAUGGGUAUCGCAGGUAUUUUUGAAGGCAUUGUCACGAUAUGGUAUUCAGGAAUCACGAUGAUGAUUGUGAUUACAGUUUCUGGCCUAGGUUCGUGGCCCGCAUCCCAGGUUAUUGUCAGUGAGACUUCCUCCUUGAAACUUCGGUCACAAACGCUGGCAAUUGGCUGGUUCACUGCUGGUGUGAGCACUGGCGUAUUCGCCAUCGUUUUGCCCUACAUAUAUAAUGUUGACAGGGGAAAUCUUCGCGCCAAAAUCGGAUUUGUGAUGUCUGGCAUUGCAGCGGUCGGAUCUGUUCUUGUCUGGCUGUUUGUCCCAGAAAUGAAAGACCGAACAGCCAUGGAAAUAGACCGAAUGUUUGCUCUGAAGUUGCCCACUCGAGCAUUCAAAGGCUGGCAAAGUGAUGUCAUCACCCCCAGUGAGACUACUGACUCUGAUCGGGGCGUAUAA